UUAGGAAGAAGAAGAAAAUAAAUUUAAAAUGUAGAAAAUGGCAACACUGCUCAUUUUUCUGACGAAUUUUGUCGUAAUCAGGAAUUAAAAUAUUUUUGUGUUUAAAAAUAAAGAAUUAAUUGCAGUGGAAAACAAAUUAGUCUGUUUUAAAUAUGUCUAUGUCUAAAACUACAAACACGUACAAUCGCCAAAAUUGGGAAGACGCAGAAUUUCCAAUCUUAUGUCAAACAUGUCUAGGAGACAAUCCUUACGUUCGAAUGAUAAAAGAACGGUACGGCAAAGAAUGCAAAAUAUGCACGCGUCCAUUUACUAUAUUUCGGUGGUGUCCUGGUGCUCGCAUGCGUUUCAAGAAGACUGAAAUUUGCCAAACAUGCGCCCGUUUGAAAAAUGUGUGUCAGACAUGCCUGUUAGAUUUGGAGUACGGUUUGCCUAUCCAAGUGCGUGAUGCAGCCCUAAAAGUGGUUGAGAAUUUGCCACAGAGUGAAGUAAAUAAGGAGUACUACAUACAAAAUAUAGAUAAGGAACUAAAAGAUACCGAUGGGACUGAAGCAAUUGGUGUCGUAGGGAAAACUUUAGCCGCCAGUGAUAUGCUUUCUAAGCUCGCUCGAACAGCGCCUUAUUAUAAACGUAAUCGCCCUCACAUAUGCUCGUUUUGGGUGAAAGGUGAAUGCAAACGUGGUGAAGAAUGUCCAUAUCGCCAUGAUAAACCAAAUGAACCGGAUGAUCCAUUAAGUGAACAAAACAUUAAAGAUAGAUACUAUGGUCGCAAUGACCCUGUCGCCGAGAAGAUAUUGAAAAGAGCUGCUUCGUUGCCAACGCUCGACCCGCCUGAAGAUCGCAACAUCACGACUCUAUACGUAGGAAAUCUUCCUGAAGAUAUAACGGAACCUAUGAUACGUGAUAAUUUUUAUCAGUACGGCGAAAUUCGCUCUAUUGCUUUAGUGCCACGUCAGCAAUGUGCAUUCGUGCAAUAUACGAAACGAUCGGCUUCGGAACUUGCGGCUGAAAAAACCUUUAACAAACUUGUGAUUGGCGGACACAAAAUAACAAUUAAAUGGGCGCACUCUCAAGCCAAGCAGAGUGUAGCUAAGACGGAUCGGCGUUUUGAGAUUAAUGCUAUACCACCGCCGAUGGCUGCUAGUAAUCCAAAUGAUUUCUUUAAUUUGCAACAAGAGCAAGUCACUGUUCUACCGCCUGGCAUGAAAUUACAUCAAAUACCACCAAGCCUUAUUCCUGCUUCCUCAUACCAAAUGUAUUCGCAGGCAUAUGCCGCGCCUUAUUCCAUGCCAUCUGGAGCAGCGGUAUUAAAUUCUAUACCACCUCCACCGGGCAGCGGCGUCUCAAAUCAAAUUCAUUAUCCAAGCCAAGAUCCUAGUCGUUUAGGGGCAAUUAAAAAAUAACCUUGCUAAGAAGAUUAAGAAAAUGAAGAGUUUAAAGAGAAUUCGGAUUUUAGUUUUAUCGAAUAAAUAUGCUUUGGUUAAAAAUU